UUCUUCUCUUCUCUUUCCCCCCUCCCUUCUCCCUGGGAUAUGCGUCUGCCUCGCGCAUCCCCUCGCGCGCAAUUCUCAUGUCUCGCCUCAAAUAACCCCCGUCUGUCUGGUUUCCGCCCCCUCGACUGCCUCGACCAUGUCGACGUGGACAAAUUCCGCGAACGAUGCAUGCUGCCCGAAUUUCCCAUCGUCCUCCCCCGCGGUCAUUUCGAUGCCUUUCCGGCCCGACAGCGAUGGUUCCGAUCAUCUCCAUCGCAGCUCAACACGGAGUACCUGCAACAGCACGGCGCCGAUGCCUUUGUCCCGCUAGAACUCACCCAGUCGCUGUCCGAGCCGAGUGGCCAGCCAGGGCCCCCGAGAAGCGAGGAGGUGGGCUUUCGGAAAUUCCACGCUCCUCUAGGCCUCUUCCUGGAAUGGAUGCGUGCGGCAGAAACCCAAUCUCCAACGACGCGCCUCUAUCUCGCACAAUGCCAACUCCUCGAUCUGCCGCAGACCCUGCGGGAUGACUUCCCGGCCCCCCCUCUCGUGUCCCAGGCAGGCCGAGGCGACAUCUACGACACCAACCUGUGGAUCGGCCAUCCACCUACGUAUACUCCGCUCCACCGCGAUCCGAAUCCGAAUCUGUUUGUUCAGCUGGCCGGGCAGAAAGUCGUGCGACUGAUCGCGCCCGAUCAAGGCCAGGCGGUGUUUGCGUCGGUGAGACGGGAACUGGGAAGAAGCAGUGAUCAUGGCGCGGCUGCGUUUCGGGGCGAGGAGAUGAUGCAGGGUCAAGAAAGGGCCUUACUAGAGGCAGCGGUUUGGGGUACGUCGUCUGGGGGCUGCGAAGGAUACGAAGCGCACCUAGAAGCAGGCGAUGGACUGUUCAUCCCCAAGGGCUGGUGGCACAGCAUCAAGGGCGUCGGGCAGAGAGUCACUGCGUCGGUCAAUUGGUGGUUUCGAUAGCGCUAUGAUGCAUGGACUGCCGGAUGAUGGAAUAUGCACCGAUCGACCCCGUAAUCUAAGAGUAGUGGCGAAUGCUGGGCACUGUGAUCAAGGACAUGUAAUUGCAAUCAGAUCCAAUAAUUCCGACUACGGAGGCUACAAAGACCCGUGGUCUCUACUCCGG